AUGCAGGCCGUGCGCUACGGCAAACCCCACCCGGAGCGGUACCGGCUAAAGGAGGGGAGAAAGGAGGCCUCGUUGGGGGAGGGCGCACCCACGCCUUCGUGGGGAUACGGCGUUCACGUUCUGGAGGAGGCGGACUGCCAGCCCAGUGGGAUCCCAGUUGCCUCGGCGCAUCCUUUGUAUACCGCUGCUUUAUUUCAUAUCGAGGGUGAUGCGGAUGACAAGAAUACUCUUUGUAAUAGCGGCAAUGAUAGAAAUGUGCCAAGUCGCAUCGAUGAACACGUAGUGUUGAGUGAGCAGCGUCGAGAGAUGGCUCGUGAUGAACUUCUCUUCUGGGAGAGGGUAGAGUUUAUUCGCUGCAGCCAGUUGGCCAGCAUCCCUGGCGGCGUGAAGCGCAGCUAUACGGAUCAAGAUUCCACUGUGUUUGAUGAUGUGAAGGACAAGAUUGAACUUCGAUUCACGCAAUAA